AUGGGGGUGCCCGUGCCGGGUGCCAACGGCCGCCUGGGCGCUCUGUGGAAGAGGCUGAAUCCCGGCUUACGACUCCUUAUUCAAACCAAGGACGGGCGGCAGAGCUGGGACGAGAUACACCUGCUGCAUCUGAAAAGGAUCUGGGAAUCUCCUCUUCUCUUGGCUGCCAAGGAGAACAAUGUUCAGGGUCUUAGGAAAUUAAUUGAAGAUGGUUCUUGUGACAUUUAUCAAAGAGGAGCGAUUGGGGAGACGGCUCUCCAUGUAGCCACCCUCCAUGAUUGUACAGAGGCUGCUGAUUUUCUUCUGGAAGUUGCUCCAGAACUCAUCAAUGAGAAAAUGACAUCAACACUUUAUGAAGGACAAACAGCACUCCACAUUGCAUCAGUUAAUCAAAAUGUUCACUUAGUGAAAUGUCUGCUGAAGAAGAGGGCUCACAUUUCUACUCCUCGAGCUACAGGACACUUCUUCAGGCGUAACUCCUCACAUCGCUCCUAUUUUGGGGAGCAUGUUUUAUCUUUUGCAGCCUCUGUGGGCAAUGAGGAAAUUGUUCGUCUAUUAAUUGAAAAUGGAGCCGAUAUCAGGGCACAAGAUUCUCUAGGAAACACGGUUCUUCACAUUCUAGUUCUUCAGCCAAACAGGACAUUUGCAUGCCAGAUGUAUAAUCUCAUCCUUUCCUAUGAUAAACAAGAAGGGAACUUGGAAGCAUUAGACUUGAUUCCCAACAAUGAAGGUCUUACUCCAUUCAAACUUGCUGGAGUUGAGGGUAACAUUGUGAUGUUCCAGCAUCUUUUGCAAAAGCGUAAACAAAUAAUGUGGUCUUUGGGACCUAUUACUACCAUUCUCUAUGACCUUACAGAAAUUGAUUCCUGGGGUGAAGACCAGUCUUUUUUGGAACUUGUUGUAUCAACAAAGAAAAGAGAGGCUCGCCGUAUACUAGAUAUUACUCCUGUGAAGGAGCUUGUGAACCUGAAGUGGAAUACAUACGGGCGUCCUUAUUUCUGUUUCCUGGCUCUGUUUUAUGUCCUCUAUAUGAUUUGCUUCACCAUGUGCUGCGUUUAUAGACCACUGAAAAGUCGCUCAGAGAAUCAAACACACAAGCGGGAUAACACCAUCAUUGUGCAGAAAACAUUGCAGGAAUCAUAUCUGACAUAUGAGGAUCAACUCAGGCUUGUGGGAGAGUUAAUUACAGUGAUUGGAGCCAUGGCAAUUUUACUCCUAGAGAUUCCAGAUAUUCUAAGAGUUGGAGCCACAAAGUACUUUGGACAAACUAUCCUGGGAGGACCUUUUCACAUAAUAAUCAUCACCUAUGCCUGUGUGAUUCUGGUAACCAUGGUAAUGCGACUGACCAGCACAGAAGGAGAAGUGGUCCCCAUGUCCAUUGCCCUGGUGUUAGGCUGGUGCAACGUCAUGUACUUUGCACGAGGAUUUCAGAUGCUUGGGCCUUUCACCAUCAUGAUACAGAAGAUGAUAUUUGGUGACCUUAUACGUUUUUGUGGUCUAAUGGCUGUUGUCAUACUUGGCUUUGCCUCAGCUUUCUACAUCAUCUUUCAGACAGAAAAUCCAAGCAAUCUGGGACAGUUCUACAAUUAUCCCAUGUCUCUCUUCAGUACGUUUGAGCUCUUCCUCACCAUUAUAGAUGGACCAGCCAACUAUGAUGUGGAUCUUCCAUUCGUGUUCUGUGUGGUGUAUGCUGCGUUUGCUAUCAUUGCUGCUUUGCUCAUGCUCAACCUGCUCAUUGCCAUGAUGGGUGACACUCAUUGGAGAGUAGCCAAUGAACGGGAUGAGCUUUGGCGAGCACAGGUGGUUGCUACUACAGUCAUGCUUGAACGGAAACUCCCACGAUGUCUUUGGCCUCGGUCUGGUAUUUGUGGCCAAGAAUAUGGGUUAGGAGACAAGUGGUUUCUCAGGGUGGAAGAGCGUCUGGAUAUCAGCAAGCACAAGAUGUUACGCUAUGCAGAGGCAUUUAGAAACCAAGACAAAGAGGUUUUUGAUAAGUAUUCUGGGAAACUAUACCAACCUGAACCUUUCCAAUUCAAGAAAGAAACUCCAUCUCCAUCUGUCUCACGAAGCUCCACUCUAAGUAGCUUCCACCGUGGUUGGCAAAUCCUGCGGAACAACACCUUCAGCCACCUUCGUGGGGAAGUCAAUCAUGCUUUGGAAGAAGAGAUCUAUCACUUCUGA